AUGAAUAUUAGUAAAUUCAAGGGAAAAAAUGAAAACAUAAAUGAAACAAAUAAUGAUAGUGAAAAAUAUGAAAAUGGUGUAAUAAAUCCAAAUGAAAAUAAAAAUUUACACUUAUAUAAAAAAAUUCUUAAUAAAGAAAAUAUUUAUGCAACAAAAUCAUUUUCCUUAAAUGAUUAUGAUAAUCUAAAUAAAAAAGUAGAGUGUAACAAAAAAAAAAAUUCUUAUGAAGAAGAAAAUAAAAUCAUUUGUAAUAAUCAGAAAUCAUUUCUUAAUAAUAAAAGCGAUGAACCACUUAAUAUGCACGAACAUAAAAAGGAUGAAAUUAUAAUUAACGAAGAUGUAAAACCUAAUACUGAAAAUAUAUCAAUAUUUAUAAAAGAUAAAAAUUUAAACACGAGUGAAAAUAUGGAAAUAGAAAAUAAAAAAAUGUUAAAAAAAAAGAAAGAUCAAAAAGCAAAAAAUGAAGAAAAAUAUUCAAUUGAAAAUAUGCACAUAGAACGCAAUGAAAUAAACAAAAAUAAUAUAUAUAAUAUAGAGAAAUUGAAAACUGAAAGAUUAAAUAAAGAAGUUAAAACGUAUAGUACGUUAAAUGAUGAAAAUAAAAAUAUAUUAAAACAAAGACAAGAAGAAAAUUUAAAAGAAUUAAAAGAUGAUAGAAUUAUAAAAAAAAAUAAGAAAGAUAAUUAUAACUUAAUAAAAACACUUAGUAAUACUAAAUCAAUUUUAAUGCAUAAUAACAAAUACAUUAUGAAUAAUUUAGACUCGAAAAUGGACGGAAAGGGUAGUCUCUAUGAAAAUUUAAAUAUGGAUGAAAACUGUUUUUUUUUAAAACAUGACAAUGUUUUAGAUAAAGGAAAGCACUUUAGAGGAGAAAAGAUACUAUCACAUAAUUUUAAUGAAAAUGAUUUUUUAGUCAAUUACAGUGAUUUAUACAAUUUAAAUAUUAAUAAAAAUCCAUCACUUUUAUUUAUUAUUAAUGGAAUCUCAGAAACUAUUAGAAAUAUAAUGCAGGUAGAUAAAAGCAAUAAUAAAAAUAAAAUGAAGUUAAUAGAAAUUGUAGAAAAUGUAAAUCUUUUAAUGCAAUCAUAUUAUAAUAUAAUCGUUAAAUGUGAUAUUAACUUAUCUUUUACAAUCAAAAAAAUACGAAAUCUUUAUAAAUCUUAUAAAGAAGUAGAUAUACUUUUAAAAAAUAUCAAGAACAACAAAAUUCUAUGUGAAAAAUAUGAAGAAGCACAACGUGAUGAUAAAAAUAAUACAGUGAAUUGUUCAUCAACAAUAGAUAACAAUAAUUCUGUAGAAGGAAAAAUAUUCAUAAAUUACAGUUGUGAUAACAAUAUUCAUAGUAAUAAUAUUAUUCAAAAGGAGAAUAAUUUGGAUAAUAAUGUAAACAUUAUUGAAGAUAAUAUAAUUAAAUAUGAAAAUAUUGUAAAUAAUAAUAAUAAUAAUACAAUAGAGAAAAAAAGGGAAAAUUUCCAUGUUAAAAUAAUGGAAAAUGGAACAAUAAAAAAUAAAAAUAUAAACAAUAUUGAUAAUACAAUUAUUACAAAAAAAUCAAACAGUAAUAUAGAAAAUAAAGAUUUUUCAAUGAAUAUAUUAAAUGAUAAUAAAAAUUUAAGUACUGUAUUGGAUGAACAACUUGUUAAGAAUGAAGAAAAAAAUAAGAAUGAAAACACUGCGCAAAUGUGCUAUAUUUUAAAUCCAGAUAAAAAUAAUAUAACAAAUGCAUCUGAGAAAUGUAUUAAUAAUUUAAAUAAAAACAGUGAAAAAUUACAAAAUGAUUUAAACAAAAAUUAUAUAAAUAAUAAUAAUGGUUUUAAAAAUUUUUUAAGUAUUGAAUCAAAAUCAACAGCUUUAUCUAAUCAAGAAGAAAAUUCAUUACAACUUAAAAAUAAAAAUGAAAAAAUUGCAACUAGAAAAAAGAAGAAAAAAAUCCUAAAAGAAUUAGAAAAAUUAAAUUCUCGUUUUUUUUUUAUUUUUAAUCACAAAGGAGUUAUUAUUAAUUAUUUACUUAAAGAAAUAAAUGAAUGUCUUAUAGAUUUCGAUAAAACAUAUCAAUUAUAUAUAUCAAAUUAA